UUUUAAAACUGGAGUUUCAUGAACUUUUGUCAUCGUUUCGUUUGUAUUUUCUGCAACUAUCGUGCGUUAUUUCCGUAUAUUCGUGGUGUUCUGAGAAAUUUUGUUCUUAAAACCUAAAAGGUCGGGUUCGUUAUCGUGAUUUGAAAGUGAUCAGUUUGAAAAUAGCUGGUGACACUGACAAAUACGUACGGCUGUUCCGGGUUUCUCGUGCAACGCAGUUAUUUAGGUUAGGCGCGUUAGGCCGACGAGACUACGGUCACUACCUGACUAGUGGUAGUAAACGUCGUAGUCAUCUGUACGGUCGGGCCUGCUAUACAUUUUCGCUUUUUGAGCUAGAGUAGACGUCAUAGUAGAUAUUAUUUAUAUUAGCUGUAGCGCUCGACUCAUGACGACUGGUCUGUCAGUGAUUUCGCUCAAGGCAGAAUACUACGUUUGGGCUAUAAAGUAAAUUUAUUUAGUAAAGUCACGUGUUUUGGGCUACCUGUCUGGCGCAAUCCUAGUUUCCUAGUAAGCCUAGGUCACUUGAGGUGACGGUUGGUCAAGUUGGGACUUGGGAGGCCAUUGUCAAUACGCUUUGUCGGUAUAUGUGACUUUCUGUACAUGUAUUUCGAUAUUUGCUUGGAGCUAUAACCUGUUGUGUCAUCUCUUAUUGGUUCUGUGAGUGCCAGUUUUUUGCAGGGAAUAAUUUUACGGGUAUCUUAGAUCCCGGCACUUACUGGGGUGAAAUGUUUACGAGUUGUGUUGUUCAUAUGAUUAUAUAUUGUGUGAUUACUCUUGCAGGAUUUUGCCACAAUCGUGGCAUUACGUGAGAAUUGUUCUAGCAUGAUUACUAGACUGUUUCAGACAUCGUUUGAUGUAGCUUGUUAUCAGCAUGUGAUUCGGUGGUUGAACUUCUGGUUGUCAGCCAAGAACCUCAGCUGUUUGACUGACCUUCAAGUCUUGCUUCUAUCCCUGCUGUUCUGUGCUUGAUUAUGACAUGUUUCCCGUGUUUGCUUUGGUCGCCAUCAGCUAGUCAGUUGGAUAGUUCUGAGAGAUUCUGGAUUUUAGAACCUCUGUUAACAGUGAUGGUCAAAUGAAGAACAAGCUACAUGGUUACUUUGAUUAUGCUUUCUGUUUUGUUCAUGCUCCGAUAUUCCUUGGUCUAUUCUGGUGAUUGUGUCCUCAAAUCAGUUUUAUACAAUCAAUAUUUACUUUAGCUGGUCAUCAAGUAUGUUUCGGAAACUAUUUUUCACGUAAUAGUCUAGCGUUUUCAUAAACCUGCCAGUGUUAACGCAAUGUUACUCACAGUAGAUGUCUUAGGAUAUGUGGCAUGAAUUAAAACUACAUCACAGAAGGGGUUGAUUCGCUUAAAAUUUCACGGCUUGUAUUUCUAAACUCGGCGACAUCUCUGAUUUCGUUGAAACGUUGCUUCUGUUCCGUCGUGGCGUUGGUAUUGCAUCGGAUCGAAUGAAGCUGUCGCUUGUGCCUCAUGCUUGAAGGGGAGGUCCUUCCCAGCAAAUGUGGUUGCCAGCAGCAGGAGUCUUUUUCUUGGAAGCAUUGUGUAAAUUGAAAGUACAUCACAGAAGAGGUUGAUUUGUGUAAAAUGAUCGUUCGCUUAUUAAUCGAUCCAUCAAGGUCACUUGCAGGUCACUAGCGGAAUGAGGUGAUCACUUCGAUAUGUUUGGUGUUGUCUGUGUGAAGGGGUGGGCUUUGUCGGAAUUGGGCGUCUGCGGCAAGUUUCAGCGUUUGGUCAUUUGUUGAUUGCGACCAUGUUUAUUACAUCCUCAGGUUCGUCCAAGUCCACAACCACCACCAGUGAGGGAGGACCAAGAUCGUAGUACCAGAUGAGAAUUGCCGUAACCAUAUAAUACAUAUCGUGUUAUAUCAGAUCCUUACAUACAAGCUGUUGCUAGUCAGCUAGACUAUUGUGUCGGAAGCUGGCAGUAAGAAACAAAUAGCCGACAUAAUGUCGCAAAUGGGAGCUGAUUGCUAUUUCUACUACUAUUCAACUUGUGAUAAGGGGAGUACCUGUCCGUUUCGCCACUGCGAGGCAGCACUUGGUAAUGAAGUCGUGUGUAAAUUGUGGCAGAACGGCAAAUGCUUUCGUAAAGUUUGCAUGUACCGACACAUGGAAAUAAAGAAGCAGCGCAAUGUAAUAAACUGCUACUUUGAGACUCAGCCCGGUGGAUGUCAGAAGCCUCAUUGCGUCUUCAAGCACACACUCCCUCGUGCGGACGGCUUUCUUGCUGCUGAUGUCAACCUUGACUCGGAUGAUGACGCUUCCACGACUCCGCACGGGCUCACACCGAGCGCGCCAGCGAUGGCGUGGGAUGAGACGCCACGGUGGCAGGCGCGCGCGGCGGAGCAUCCAACGAUCACUGACGAGGCAGCGGUGGUGCCCCCGUACAGUGACUUCCCCACGCCAUUAGUGCAGCCCGUGGUCUUCACUCCGAUGGAAGAGUCGUCGAGUGACAGCCUCAGCAGCAGUCCUCGCUGCCAGUCUUCGCAGGUGCCGAGGCGACCUCAGAUCUCGUUCAGCAGUCCUCGCAAGCUGCCCUCCCCGAGCGGCGCCGCGAUGCAGGAAAAAAAGAAUGACAACUUCGAGGUGAAGUCGUUAAAUCAGAUCAGAAGAGAGAGGUCGGAAGUUCUUACGCCAGAUGGAUCGAUCAGGAUCACUGCGAAAAUGUCGCCACAAAUCCAAGUGAAUGACCAAGAAGUCGAACCAGUAGAGGGCGCUGGGCACUCCCACGUUGCUCGUUACCCUGAUACUGUAACCAGAACUAUUAUCAGUAAAAAAAACGAGCGAGCGAUCGCCCUAAAGCAGUCGCCACGGCAGUCCAGGAUCUCCCGUCUGAAUGAGCAAGUAAAGGCAUUGGUGUCGGAGACGUGUGAGGACGACACAUGGGAAGACAAGCCACAGGGUGCUUCCUUGGAAGGUCAGAUGAGGGAAGCUCUCAUUACAAGGAUGCAGAAUAAACAUAAGCACGAGAGACUGGUGACCGUACACAUGGAGCAGGAGAAUAAUAACGAUCUUGACACGAAGCAAGAGAAGCAGGACGAAGGAAUUAAACCGGCUGUGAAGAGGCAGAGGAUCCUAUUGGGAAGGCAAGUGAGUGAAGUAGGAAGCGAAGAGGAGAAACAACCGGUAAAGAGGAAGCUGAGGAACCCAUGGGGGAAUCAGGCACGAGAAGAGCCAAGCCUGGAUGAUAGGAAAACCUUCAGGCAGGAAAAAGGACUUUACCAGCCAGCAGUCGCUAAACAUCGAGAAGCCAAGACGGAGACCUUGAGCCUGCAGGUUAGGCUGGGGUUGAAGCGAAGAAAUUUAGGACUUGAUAGUAAGGAGAGUACGAGAGAAGAGACAGGUGAGGGGAAGCCAAGCUUGCAGGGAAGACUUGGCACGAAGAGUCCUACAGAGGAGGUCCAAGGCAGCAGUGAGCCGUCCCCCGCUCGCACGGGCGCGAAGAGAAAAGCUGGACAACUGAGCAUAGCACUAGAGAGAGCAGCCACGGGCAAUGUGGGGCUCGAUGGGAACGAACCCUCGCUGACUGUCAAGUCACUGGAGGAGAUUCGUCACGAAAGGGCGCAGCGCUGGCAGAUGACAAUGACGGGAUAUCAGCCUGCUGCGACACAUGACGAUGAGGAAGACUCGGCGGAGGACAGCGGGAAGGCGGUGAGAGUGCCGGUGAAAGUAAAGUCACUUCAUGAUAUCAGCGAGAAGAGACAUAAGAUAGUACCUCCACUAGAGACCAGCACGCAACCGGAUCUAGGUCUGCCUGGAAAAGGCAAGCAUCAACCAAUUUUGUUCACCGAAGUGCCCAAAUGGACUAGACACCAGGCAAUAAUAUUUGAAAAGACGGACAGUAAGGAACACACAGGAACAAAUUCUGAAGACCGGUCAACGCCUAGACUCCCACCAUCUAAAAAGUUGUGCAGAAUAUUUGCAAGUAACCUGGCGCCAUCUACCGAUGAUAAAAUCAAGCGCGUCGAAAAGAAGACUGACAUUUCGUUGGUGCAAACCGGCGAAGUUGGAGUGAAGGCGCCACUUGUCGAUGACUCCGCGCUGGCGCCACCUGGCGAGGUGAAGCCCAUCCACGACGUCCUCGCGCCGGUCACCCCGAUACGUAAGAUCAAGCUGAAGCGGAAAAACACUGACUCUCGUCGUCCCGGCUCCGCCCAGGUGGCGACACCGUCGGCGUCGCCAUCACACGAGUGGGCCUCGCCUGACGGCGGCCGCACGACGGCGUCACCUCUACCCGUGAAAUCUCUGUCGUCUUCGCUGGACGGGGGCUCCGACGGUGACUCCAGUGAGCGGAGCACGGCGCCGCCAUUGCGACCCACUGCCGUUGCGCCCUCUGGUGGACCGACGCUGAAACCUACGUCGUCUGUGUCGCCGUAUAAGUAUGAGGUGCAGGGGGCGACAGAGGGCGCCACCGCGACGGCGCAUGACGUCGCUGCCGAAGCUACGAGGAAGCGUCUGGACUCGUCGUCAUCCACGAGCAGGUAUGAUGGUGACGAUGGUCCUGCAGGGGAUGUAACACUUCCGGGCGUUAAAUCGCAUCCCCCAGGUCUCGGCCCAGGAUUGAAGAAUGGACAAGUCUUGCUGCAGCAUGUGCUGAUCCUUGAUGGAGUUGAUCACCCUAUAUAG